CUAUUUGCUUUCUUACAAUAACGGAAGAAAUUGGGUUCGAAUUGCCUGGGGAUGUAUUUUUGUCUUUGUUUUAUUUCUUUUUUUGGAGUUCUCCUCUCUAAAGCACAUGCUCAGCCUGAGAAGAUUGAGGCCUUUGCCGGUGGACACGCCAUCCUCCCCUGCAGUUGGAAAAACCCUGCGAGUGAUCACGUUCCAACGGUGGAGUGGUCCAAAGAAGGCCUCAACGACAGUAUCGUCUUCUUGUACCGCGAUGGCUGCGAGACCUUUGGGAUGAAGAAUGUGGAUUUUGAGUUCCGGGCGAGUCUCUUCAUGAGAGAGGUGAAAAACGGGAAUGUGUCACUGAGGAUCUCCAACCUGAGGCCGUCUGAUGCCGGGACCUAUCAAUGUUUGAUCAUCCAAAGCGACAAAACCAGGCAAACAACAAGAGUUGAGCUGGUUGUUGCUGCAGUAUCCGACUUGAAGCUCGCUGUGGUUUUUGAAGAAAAGGAGGUGGUGGCUGUGACAUGUGAUGCAAGCUGCCGGCUGCCACCGCCAAUAAUCAUCAUUCAAGAUGAUGAAGGAAAUGACGUCACCGAUAAAGAGCCGAGCCAGCAACAAGACGCCAGAGGAUGUUACGCCACAAGGCAGACCUUCUCUAUGCAGGAUUCUACAAGAAGGGUCAUCUGCAGAGUCAAGCAGCCACAAACGGACAUGAACAGGACUGUAGAGAUUCUCCUUCCAGAAGCAACAUGUGAGUCUGACGCUAAUCCCCUGCAGCACCUACAAGAUCUGUUUUUUCACAAAGGAAGCAAAAGAUCAGAGUGUUUUUCAGUCAGUCGAUGGACAAACAGGAUGCUGGUAACACCGAUCUGCCUGAUGCUGACCUGUCUUCAGGUCAGCCCUGACCGCUCCCAGUUCUUCCGCUACGAAUCCGUCUCCCUGACUUGUGAGGAUCGCCUUAACGCCACCGGCUGGAAGGUGAGGAGGAGAACUUUAAGCCGCGGUGUCACUUCCUGCUCACCAGGCUGGGGUGCCACUUCCUCUGGCUCCACCUGCAUCAUCGGAAACACCUACCCAAAGGACUCGGGGGUGUACUGGUGCGAGUCUGAAGGAGGGGAGAGAAGCAAUGAGGUCAACAUCACCAUAACUGAUCGCGCAGUGAUUCUGGAGAGUCCUGCCAUGCCGGUGUCAGAAGGAGCUGCUGUGGUUCUUCACUGUAAAGCUCAGACAAACCGUUCCCAGCACAAAUACAACUUCUUUAAAGAUGGCCGCAUCAUCAGGAGCAACUGCUCAGGAGAGAUGACCAUUCUCAGGGCUUCCCGAUCCGACGAGGGACUCUACACCUGCAGCGCCUCAGGGCUUGGAGAAUCAGAAGGAAGCUGGCUGACAGUAUUAGCACCUCUGCCAGCGUCAUCUUCAGCCUCGGUUUCCUUCACUGCUUCCAGACUUGUGUGCCACCUGAUAGUGGGAAUACCUUACCUGUUGUCCACCAUCUUACUUGGACUAAUUUACAGAGACAGGAAAAGAGAUGCUCGGAUAGUUGCGGAAAAGAGAGAGAAUCAUGAUGUUAUCAUGCGGGUUGAGUGA